CUGCGCGCCGCAGACCCGGGCGGUGCGAGCGCGAUGGCGAAGUCGGCGGCGCGGGGCUUGGGCUAGCUGCGGGCGGCGCGGAUGGCGGGCGGCGCGGGCUGGGCGGGCGCCCCCGCGGCUCUGCUGCGCUCCGUGCGCCGCCUGCGCGAAGUGUUCGAGGUGUGCGGCCGCGACCCCGACGGCUUUCUACGCGUGGAGCGCGUCGCGGCGCUCGGCCUGCGCUUCGGGCAAGGAGAGGAGGUGGAAAAACUUGUGAAGUGUUUGGAUCCCAAUGACCUGGGGAGAAUCAACUUCAAGGAUUUUUGCCGCGGAGUAUUCGCCAUGAAAGGGUGUGAGGAGCUGCUGAAGGACGUGCUGUCGGUGGAGAGCGCAGGGACCCUGCCAUGUUCUCCAGACAUCCCAGACUAUGUGGAGCAGGGCAGCGACUUCUCUGGCUCUACUGAUGGCGAGCUCCUCCCCAGGGAACCCGACUUCUUCCAGGAAGACGAAGAGGAAGCGAUGACAUUGGCCCUACCUGAGGGACCCCAGGAGUUAGACAUGGACAGCCCCAUGGAGAGCAGCCAAGGUCCGGAGGGCUCUGUCAGGAGUUGUGGCGAGGAGAAGGAGCCUGAGCUGGGGGGCCUGUUCCUGCCAGAGGACAAGUGCCUCGUCCUCACUCCAUCCGUGACCACAUCAGACCUUUCCACUCACUCCACCGCCUCUCUUAUCAGCAACGAGGAACAAUUUGAAGACUAUGGCGAGGGGGAUGACGUGGACUGUGCUCCCAGCAGCCCUUGCCCCGACGAUGAGACCAGAACCAAUGUCUACUCAGAUCUGGGAUCUUCAGUGUCUUCCAGUGCGGGACAGACCCCAAGGAAGAUGCGACACGCCUACAACAGCGAGCUGCUGGACGUGUACUGCUCUCAGUGCUGCAAGAAGAUCAACCUGCUGAACGACCUGGAGGCCCGGCUGAAGAACCUGAAGGCCAACAGCCCCAACAGGAAGAUCUCAAGCACAGCCUUUGGACGGCAGCUCAUGCACAACAGUAACUUCAGCAGCAGUAAUGGCAGCACCGAGGACCUGUUCCGAGACAGCAUCGACUCCUGUGACAAUGACAUCACGGAGAAGGUGAGCUUCCUGGAAAAAAAGGUAACAGAGCUGGAGAAUGACAGCCUGACGAGCGGGGGCCUGAAGAGCAAGCUGAAGCAAGAGAACAUGCAGCUGGUGCACAGGGUGCACGAGCUGGAGGAGAUGGUGAAGGAUCAGGAGACCACAGCGGAGCAGGCGCUGGAGGAGGAGGCCCGGCGACACCGUGAGGUCUACUGCAAGCUGGAGCGGGAGAAGAGCACAGAGCUGGAGCUGCUCAACACCAGGGUGCAGCAGUUGGAGGAAGAGAACACAGAUCUGAGAACGACAGUGGCUCGACUCAAGUCACAGACCGAGAAGCUGGACGAGGAGCGGCAGCGCAUGUCUGACCGGCUGGAGGACACCAGCCUGCGACUGAAGGACGAGAUGGACCUUUACAAGCGCAUGAUGGACAAGCUGCGGCAGAACCGCCUGGAGUUCCAGAAGGAGCGGGAGGCGACACAGGAGCUCAUUGAGGACUUGCGGAGAGAGCUGGAGCACCUACAGAUGUACAAGCUGGACUGCGAGCGGCCAGGUAGGGGCCGCAGCUCCUCUGGCCUUGGCGAGUUCAACGCCAGAGCCCGGGAGGUGGAACUUGAACAUGAGGUCAAGCGUCUGAAGCAGGAGAAUCACAAGCUGCGGGAUCAGAAUGAUGAUUUAAAUGGGCAGAUCCUGAGCCUCAGCCUCUACGAGGCGAAGAACCUCUUUGCAACCCAGACCAAAGCCCAGUCUCUGGCUGCAGAAAUCGACACAGCAUCUCGAGAUGAGCUAAUGGAGGCCCUGAAGGAGCAGGAGGAGAUCAACUUCCGACUGAGACAGUACAUGGACAAGAUUAUCCUGGCUAUACUGGACCACAACCCCUCCAUCCUGGAGAUUAAACACUGAGUCAGGGCUGGCUGCAGAGCGUCCGUCGGACCUGGGACCUAGGGGCAGGCCUGCCUGAGGACGAAGAAAGAUGCAGGCUUCGCCCACAUGCACUCUGUGAUUGUACCUCUGAGCACCCUCUGUGUGUGUGCUGGUGUACGUACGUGCAGGAGGCUGUGCACACACGGGCAAGGAGUGAACUUGGGGCCAUAGCUGUGGGUUACAACCCAUGGUGAGCUGUGUGUGCACUUUGUAGCCCCUUUGUGAGGGGCAGAGGGGACUGGAUGUGGGAGAGACACUCUCAGGAGUUAACAGCAAGGCCUGGAAGCUUGCAUUUAGGAUACUGAUGAAAUGAUUCUACCUCUGGGAUAAGGGUUAGAAGAUACUCUCAGGAGAUGGGUUCUCUCUCCCCUCCCCCACUGGAGUGGGGACAAAACUGUUACAUUCUCCAGAAUUUGGUGUCCUUGCCAACCUUUCAGGCCACCUUUCAAGCCGGGUUUUUUUGUUUUGUUUUGUUUUGCUUUUUAAGCUCAGAGGAGGAAGGGGUAUUGGAGAGACCCCUGAGGGCUAGCCCCCUGGGGUGCAGAUAAGCAGGUCCAGUGGACUGGGCUUACAGAGCAGUUAGUGUGCACUGUCCAUGCCUUUGGGCUGAGUCCAUCGUAGUUUUCUGAGCCCCUCCCAGUCUUGCUUGCCUACCUCCCCUUUCUGGUUUGGCUUUGCUUUGUUCUGAAGAUGGGAAAUACAAGCAGCAUUCAGCUGGGGGUGGAAGGAAGGCCAAGAAGGGUAGGGUGCCCCAAGGCAGGUGUGUGUUAGCACUGGGGGCCAAAAGGAGUGAUUGCCUGGGAGAGAGGUGUGUUUUCAUGGCUGCAUCAUCACACGUGACCUCUCUGGGUUCCAUGCUCCUUGGUGAGGACAGGCCUAGGGAAGGGUUUGCAGGACUGGCACCCUUGCCUUGGCUUUCAGACCCAUCUGAAUCAGGUCCCCAGGUAGAGAGCCGACACUGCUGGCAGGAGGUCCAGUGGAGAACACUGGGGGAACCUUAGUCUUCCGUUCUGUGAAUACAUGAUGGGAAUUCACAUACACACACCCAUGUUGGGGGUUGGGGGGUUAAAAUGUGAUCUGGGAGUAGGUACUGUACGCAGAACGUUCCGGUUUAUCUCAGUUUUAUACGGCUUGUGGCUUGUGAUUGGUUGGCUUCCUUACCCCAGCUCCUAUAAAGGAGUAUGGUUCAAGUUUCCCCUUCAGUUUGUUUUCUUGAGCACAUCUUGUGUAAAAAGGAAGGUUUAGGGAUGCUGGGGAGGCUAGCGAACAGAAAGGAGGCACAGUUGAAAGUAAAUAGGGGAUCUGGGUGUGUGCCCUGGGGUGUGUGCCUACUUGGCAGAGACGGGGCUGCGGUCAGUUUCAGUCCAGUCAUGGUGCUUUCUUUGGCUUUUGAGACUCCCUGUAAUCGUGUGUAUGGAAUUCAUCUCAUGCUGCAUAGGUGGUGCGUGGGCCUGGUCUGCCUGGAUGAGCCACACCAGGAAGACCGGAAGGCUUGAUCUGGGAUACGGGGUUUCCUUCCCUGGCGUCUGGGAAGAUGUAGAAAAAGGGGGGGCUGGGUAGGGAGUCUUGUGAGGAAGAAUGGGAAGAUAACCAUGGCUUGAGGUUGGUCCAGGUGCCACGCUGGCAGAAUGCAGAGGCCAGCUGAAUGUAGGUCCUGGUAAGAGGGGCCUACGCUCAGGUGAGCAGUUCAGACUUGAAGUUGUAUGGGCCACCUGCUUCACUUGUAUGUGGGUUUCCAGAGAAGGCCACAGAGACCAGAGUCACAGUGUCACAGAAGAGGAAGGAAUCUGUCAGGGAAACAGGCAGGGAAGGAAGGCUUUAGGCCCAAGUUGUAGGGCUGGAAGAGUGGACUCCCUGAGGACAUGACCAGGUUUGGAAGCCCCUGUGGAUCUGGACGCUUGCUAUAUAGGCCUCUGGAAGAAUGAUUUCUGAAUGUGGUCUGACUUCCAUGUAACACACCUCAGACGAAAUCCAGCCUUCUUACAGAAUACACUUAGAAAACUUUGUCAACUUCUCCAUAAGAUCAUGUUUGCUGUUUGCUGUUUCUUGUAGUGGUGACAGUAGGUUUCUGGGUUUUUUUGUUUUUUUCUGUUCUGGGUUAGAAGGCCCAGGGGUCCCAGUGCCACACCACCCAUGGGAUGUUCCAGAAGUUCCCUUGCUUGGCAAGAAUCUGAUCUCUCUUUCUACUGCCUCCCUGGCUCACGUUCCAGUUGUGAGCCCCCCGAGACUUCGGGAGUCUAGAGGUUACACUUGGCACUCAGUUACAUUUGGAUUUCAGAUAAGCAAGAGGUUUUAGAUCACCGUGUUCCAUGCUAUACCUGGUUAGAAAGCGUUUACCAUUCUGAUCCUCACGUGCUCUGACAGUUGGUAGAGGUGUGGCCAGGCCUUGGAAUGCUUCAAGAAUGCCACAGGUAAUUUAGGUAGGUCUCCUGUGAAGAGGGUGUGGCUCUUUCUAAGAUGAUGGGUCUGCAGUGAUUUGCCAAGGUCCAGGAAGGUUGGGGACCAUGUAGGAAGUACACCUUUCAUGUGACACUUAGCCAUCCUUGUAUUCCACUGGGAGCCAAACAAGAUGAGUUUCUGUCUCCCUGAUUUGUUUCCUUUUAUUUUUGAAUUAGCCACUUUUUUUUUUAGACCAGUAGUUUUUCUUUGGGACUCUCCAGAGGAAGUUCCUUUUGAAAAUUUUAUUUCUGAUAUACUAAAACCACAAAUCUCAAGGACCAAGCAGAACACCAGGCCUUGAGCCUGAGUCUGCCAGUUUGGCAGUGUGCUGGUGUCGUACCUGAUGCUGGAGGGCCUAGCAUGAGGUUCAGUCCCUGGCAGCAUGGAAGAAAGCUGAUGACAGAACCACCUCUGACUUCCAUAUAUAAUUGGUAGCACAGUGUGGCCCGGCACCAGUAUCUUCAGUGGCCUUCCCAAGUGUUGUUCAUACACCGAUCAAGGUGGAGGCCCGUAAAUCAUGUGAAAUGAGGUCAGCAGGGCUGGAGAAGCUUGUGUGUGGCCCAGAGGAUGGGUAAUUAUGCCACUGAGCGGUCCUUGCCCUGAGAGUCCAGCUGCUCCCACUACUCUGAAAGUCUUACCCUAGACGGACAGGAUAUAAGUGCCAGCAUUUGACUGGGCAUAGGCCCAUUGGGAAUUGGAGGCAGGCAGGCAGGAAGAGCUGGACCUUGAGAGCAGCCUAGACGCAGUGGCCACUUGUCUCUGCAGGCUUUUGUCCAUUUCAUAAGGGUGUCUCUGUUGUUUCCCUGUCAGUGCCAAAUCAGCACCCAGCCCACACACUGGAGAACUCUAGGUGAUGGUCUGAUCGCUCCUUAGUCCUGAGUUGUGGUCCUUCUGGUUCUGAUGGUCCUGGGGCUGUUGGUACAUACCGGGCUGUGUAAGGGAUCCAGAGACUACAGCAAGGCCUAAAGAAUCAGGAGGACUUCACUCAUCUGAGGGGCAUUGGCAAAUCUACACCUGUCUAGAUAGGACUGAUGGGAGUGGGAAAGAUACAGGGUGGUCACCAGGCUAGUCACCAGGAUGUCCAGUGACUCUGUAGAAGUCCAGGUGAAGCUCUUUAGGGCCUCAGUGAUGCCUGUUAUCCCCAGUCUUUCCUCACUGGGGCCCAGCGCUUCCCUCUGGUGGCUCCCCAGGCUGGUAUCACUAGCAUGCGCUUGAUGAGGGGCCUCCAGUUAGAGCAGCCAGAUCUUGGAAGGACCUUCCCUGUCCUGAUUUCGACCCUGACAGAAUGUACUUGCAAUGGAUUUAUCAGGAAAAAGUAGAGGUAGCACCUUCAGGGAGGGGCAGCUCUGUGGCUCUGCCAUCGUUUAGCUGCUCUGCUAAGAAAACAGCCACUUCCAGAAAAGGCUUUGUUUCUGAAAGCAUAGUAAGGUUACCGGCCUUGUCACCCUGUGCACUAGGAGCUGGAGAGCUUUGGUGUUCCUUCCUUGCGGACUCCUCUUCUUCCCAUCGUGACUGUAUUGUAGGGAUGUGCAUUCCUGAGGUACCAUAGGGAGGGCAGAGUCCCAGGCCACCUCUCCUGCAGGCCUAACUUCUGGUGGCCCUUCUUGUGUUGGGACUGUCUUCUUUACCGUUCUGCACUGUUUCUUGUCUGCAUGGUUUGGGGUCCUUGUGCCUUUUUUCCUUGUUACCACCACACAGGAUUCUCUGUUACCCACUGCCCCCUUUUGUACGUCCCCUUCCCCCAUCUCCCCCAGUCCUGUGUGUACUCACGUGUGCAGCCAUAUGGCUCAACUGAGGCCAGCUGGCAAACACUUUGCCCCACCAGGUCGACUUCCCAUAGCUCCCCAGCUCUGUUGACUUGGUAACUUUUGUACAGGAUUUUGUUACAAUCUUAAGCAUAGGGACCACUUAAUCCCCAUGUACCUGCAGCUAGUUUAGAAGCCCUGCAUCCCAGACAAGGGUAGCUUUGUGCAGACCAGCCUCUCUCACACACCUCUUCCUCGUGGGUUCAGGUAUUUAUAAAAGAUUUCUUUUAAAAUGAGGCCCUGGCCCCAGCAGGGAGGUGACAGGUCUACAAAGCUCUGCAUGGCUCUUCUGGAGGAAGCCCCAGCCAUGUGGUUUCCAGUGCUUGGCAAUACAUCUGGGUUUAGGGCCAUUGCCUCUCGUGUCUCCCCUGAUGUGUGCUAGAGGAAGUCACUUGCCACUGUCCCUGCCUGCUAUCACUACCUGUCCAGCCCUUCCGUGUUUGCUGGUGCUCAGACCAGAGUGCCAUUAAUCACCAGACCAACGUCAGGACCUGCACAGGGCAGAGUGUGCUGAGGACUCUCGGCCGGCUGGCUCCCAGCUUCAGCUUCCAUGGGGCUGGGCCUUCUGGGUCCAGGUGGAAGAAGCUAUAGGCAGAUAGGCUCUGCCUUCCCAGGGAUUACGUCUGGGGCUUUGCCUCAGAAGCCAGUGAUUGCAGAUGGCCUUAGCUUUGGGCUUGGGAAGGAGCUUCCACUUUAGGCCCCAGGGAAGGGAGAAUGGGGUACAGCCCAGGCCCUGAACUGUUCGUUUCCACUCUGUUCUCUCCAGAAACAGGCUUUCAGUGGGGGGCACCUUCCAAGGAACUGUAUUGUACAGACCACAGUGUAAAUAAAAAGUUGGCUUUUUGUGCCUGA